GCAACUGUUUUGACCAUGAGACGUGACACAUUGCAUAACCAAAACACCGGAGCCUAUCAGCAGCCAGCCACCGACUCUACAAGAACAAAGAUGGCAGAUAAAGCUCUCACCAUGGAUGCCGUAAAUCCCAAUAUAAGGGACAUGGAAUAUGCAGUCAGAGGCCCCAUAGUAGCUAGGGCUACUGAGUUAGAAAAGGAGCUAGCCAAAGGUGCCAAUAAACCUUUCACAUCCGUAAUGAAGGCCAACAUUGGUGACUGUCAUGCAACAAGCCAGACACCCAUCACCUUCAUUCGUCAGGUUUUGUCACUGUUUUAUCAGAUGCCCUCGAGAAAUUGGACACGUUUUGCAAAGAAAAGUAGAUUUUCUUUCACAGGCUUGUUGUAUGUCACACAUUAA